AUGRAGUAUAGUUUUGAUAAUUUUUUUUUCUUUCCUGUUAUAGAAUCCGAGGCAAGCUGGGAGGAAUGGUGGACUUACGAUGGCAUUUCCGGACCAUCGUUUUGGGGCCUGAUCAAUCCACAAUGGUCCCUGUGCAGCAAAGGAAGACGACAAAGUCCCAUCAAUAUCGAACCCGACAAGCUACUUUUUGACCCACACUUGAGACCGGUCCAUGUAGAUAAGCACAAGGUUUCCGGACACCUGCACAACACUGGCCAGUUUUUGGUCUUCCGAACAGAUAAAGAAGCCAAAGUAAGAGUCAAUAUAACCGGUGGCCCAUUGGCUUAUCAUUAUCAAUUCGAAGAAAUUUAUAUUCAUUACGGAUUGGACGAUAAUCAUGGAUCCGAACAUCGCGUAGACGAUUAUUCUUUUCCUGCCGAGAUACAGGUGUACGGAUUUAACGCCGAGCUCUAUCACAACAUCAGCGAAGCACAACACAAGAGUCAAGGAUUAGUCGCAAUUUCGCUAAUGGUUCAGUUAGGUGAAACCUUGAAUCCGGAAUUACGAAUUAUCACGAGCGUAUUUAGCAAAGUUCUUCAUAGGGGUGACACUGCACAGGUCAGCUAUCUAUCGUUGAGAAGUCUACUUCCGGAUACAAAUGGUUACAUGACUUAUGAAGGUAGUACGACACAUCCAGGAUGCUGGGAAACGGCAGUUUGGCUGAUCCUUAACAAACCUAUUUACAUUACUGCACAAGAGUUGUAUGCCCUGAGGAAACUCAUGCAGGGUCCUAUCAACGCCCCGAAGGCUCCCCUCGGUAAUAAUUCCAGACCCUUGCAAGACCUUCAUCACAGGACUAUACGAACGAACAUCAAUUUCCGCAAGAGAGCAGACGCAAAAUGUCCGACAAUGGCACAGGAGAUGCAUUAUAGAGAUGACUUUUUCUUUCCAGCCAAUGCUUGGCGGGACGACAGAUCCUUGUCUCACAACGUCGUUUGAGUUGAUCGCACGAUCACGCGCUUCCAAAGAGACACCUUUUAUUUUCCAAGAAGGUGGAAACGAAGGAGGCGGAAAAAACUACGGGGAUCUAGGUGAACGAGCUACUGAAACGAGGGGUUGAAUAGGGCCGAGGGAGUGGAGUUGGGGGUGAGAGAGAGACGCGCCAUAAGGAUUGGAAACGAUGGACUUUGACGGGAAGGAGGUGGGGGUGGUGAGGUUCGGGGGAUGAAACGAAGAAGAACGAAAUCGAACGAGACUUGAAGUUUAAUCGCGACAAA